GAUUUAAAAAUAAUUUUUAAAUGUAAGAGGCUGUUUGUAAAUUAUGUCCGCAUUUUUCUUGAAAUUUUUAUUCCUCUAUCCCCUCUUGUCCCAGUUUGUCCAAGUUUUUUGUAUCCCCUCCCCCCCUCUUUGGACAUAAAACAAAACUUGAUCCCUUUAAAACCUUAAUUUCUUUAUGAAUGAUAGGUACCAUAAGUAGAAAGAAAACAUGCAAAAAAUUUUGAAAUAAAUAUAAUAAAAUGCAUAAAUUGUAUAAAAUUUAAUGAAAUAAAUGGACGUCUGCUCAAGCUUGACCCCCUCCCUUCCCAUUGUCCAAACUGUGGUAACCCCCUCUCUCCCUUCCAAUGUGGACAUUAUUUAUGGACAGUCCCUAAACACUGUAAUUAUAAGAAAUGUCCUAUUAUAUUUAGUAUCUAACUUAAACUGUAUUUACUUCAAGGUUGCAUCUUUAAUGUAAUGAGUUGUUAAUAUUUCAUGAUAUAUUUUCAGGCUAAUAAAGGAAACUCAAAGGGCAACAUCAAAUAUUUUAUUAAAUUUUUACAUAUAAAAGAAUGAUUAAAGAAAAAGUAUUUAAGUAAAUAUCCAUAUCAAAUGAAGUACAUAUGAUUUCAGUUCAGAGAAGCAAAUUAUAGAAGUAAAAAUAGUUUUAAUACCAGUACAUACAGAACAUGUUACCAAGAAAGAGUCAUAUUUGUGAUAUGAAUAAAAAAGUUAAAGAAGAAAUUGGUAUAGAAUCAGAAAAUGAGGAAGUUGAUGAAAACCAAACACAUGAUGAUAUUAAAAAUAAAUCUGAGAUAAAAGAUUGUGAAUCUAUAAGUGCAGUAAAUCAGCAUAUUCAAAAGGAAAUUUGCAACAUUCAUAGAGUAGAAAAUGAAGAAUAUAUUCUUCCUGAUGAUAAUGUACAAGAACAUGAGUUAGAUGGUGAAAAUAAAUCAAUGGAAAAUUCAAAGACUGAAGAUACUAUCAAUAACAGAAAGGAAUCAAAUUAUUCGAGCAACAGUGAAAAUACAAAUGAUAUGGAAGAUAAGAUUACAUCUGAAAGGAUUCCUUUAGAAAUGGAAGUAUACAACGGAGAUGAAUGUAUGGAAGAAUUCCAAAAUGCUGAUAAAAUUAUCAGAAUUACACAAAAAAGAGAAAGGAGAUGGUCAAAAGAGAGGCGACAAAGAUGGUUGGAUAAAGUUAAUCAAGAAACUUUGGAAAAAUUAAAAGAAUUAAAAGCAGAACAAAUGAGACUAAAGCAAUUGGAUGAAACAUCCAAAGAUAUUGAACUUGAAAGGAAAAUUCUUCUAGAUAGUGUACGUUAUCAGCAAAGUUUAAAUGAAGAUCCCGUCCAACGUAAAAGAAGAUUAGCUAAGGAGAGAAGGAGAAGAUGGUUAGCUAAACAGAGCCAAGAAUCUUUACAAAAUUUGAAAAGGGUACAGGCAGAACGAAAACGUUUAAAACGACUUAAUGAAACACCUGAAGAAAAGGCCAUCAGAAGGAAGAAAGAUGCUGAACGUCAUAGAGAAAUCAGACAAAACAACUUGCUCAAUCGUCAAAAUUUACAUGAAGAACCAAUUAAAAAGAGAAGAAAAUCAUCUAGAAGAAGAAGAUAACUAUAAAUUAAACUGAAAACUCAAAAUUUUAUAAAGUAAACAAUAUACACAAUAUGACAAA